GCCCAGGAAAUCGAAACUCAAGUAAACGAACGGCUGAGGGUAACUAGAGGAACAUGAAGUCUGGCUUGCGUUGUGGGCACUUGAUUGAGAUGUUUUCUAGUACAGGUGACCCCACGUUUCCCUCCUCAGAGAUGUAAAGGUUGAAUUUACUGCAGUAUUUGAAGCUGUGGGUGCCCAGCUGAAGGUGUUCAUGCCAGACUCAUUGCAUGUUAUGGCUUGAAUCUGUAGAAAUGUCUACAGUAAAUGCUAGAGAUGCUCAGCUGCAGGAGUUCAUGCAGAUGUAUGAGCUGAGAGCUGCUUGUAAUGUCUGCAUUCAUCAGUACUCUCGCAUUUCCUACUCCAUCAUUGCAACGCCUCACCGUUGCUCUCACAAUCUGCUGCUUGUCAGAGCAAAGGUCAGAGGUCACAAAUGGAGCCCCGUGUUCUCUCGGCCCUCUCAUCCACGACCUAGUCGAUAUGAAGUGUGUUGGUAUUUCAAGGAGGAUGUCGGGUGCUAUGUGCAUCACGACCGUUGCACUUUUGCCAGUAGUCCAGAAGAAGCUGCAGUCUGGAACUUGCAAAAAAACACAAACCUUGACGACAAGACUUUAAUUCAUCUGAUCACGCAAAGAGAACGACUGGCUGAACAGAGCAGACAAGGAGAUGGCCAGUCAAACUCUCAUGAGCUUUCCUCAUACCAGGAGAAACUUCUGGAAGAGUACAGAAGCAGCAGCAAUGAGAUUCUUAUUAUUUCUGAGCAUGUGGAUGAUGUGUGUGUUACACAUGAUGAGAAUCUUUGUGUAGACUGUUUACAAGAAGACAGUGGAAUCAGAUGGAAAUUCACAAUCACCACUGAGAGGUCCUUGGCUCAUGUGGCUCUACUGAAAGUGGAAAAUGGUGCUGUUUUCUCUUUGAGUGACAGUUUACAGAACACCUUUCCCCCAGUCACACACACUGCAGGCCACCACCUUCGCUCCUCACACUCCACCUACCAGCUGAGUGUGUCUUUUCUGUCGUUCCGCCCUGGAGUGUACGAGCAGUGGUUGGUGUUUGAUUUCGACUUGCGACCGGUUCUUCUCCGGAAACUGAAGGUGAGAGUCGGUCAGCAGUUCCAUGUCCAGCCAGAUGAGGCUGAAGAGAGUGAAUGUGCCGAGCGUCUUUCGAAUGAGCGCUGGAACAGAGGAAACAGGGUUAUCGUGCCCUUCUCCUCCAGAAAAGAGGAGGACGAGCAGUUGCUUAGUAAAUACAAAUCACCCCAGCUGAACUUACAGUUCAAUCCCCAUGCAGAUCACAGUUCCCCAAUUCACCGAGACAACUACAGAGAGAGAGCUCACCACUUUCUGUUCAGAGAGGAAAUUGCUGAGGAGAAGCUCAUUAGCAGAUUAAAUGUUAGUGGGAGUGUGUCUCUCUCUAACCAGUUAAGUGAUGGCAUAUCACGUUUUUUAGCCGCUCCAGGGAAGCUCUUUGCCACUCUGAAGGUGUCCUGCUCGCUCACACCAGACUCGCCUGAAGGGCAGGUGCUUAAACGAGGGGUGCAGAUGGCUUUGGUGAAUUGCAUACCAGCAAAAGCCAGUGUGUCAGCAGAGCACAUAAACCACACGUAUGAGGCAUUGGUGCUCAAACAGGCUGCUGGCGAGGGUCACAUUGGUCUUCAGCUGUCUGCACGGUGUGUGUCUGAGCUACAGCUGUGGAAAAAAAACAGAUGUGAAAUGGAGGUUCAGUUUCAGCUGAACAGACUGUCAUUUUGUCAGAUGCACCAGGCUAUUGAUCACCUACCAAACUUGCACAUCGUUCUACCUGACCUCAGUAACUGUUGUGUCCCUGUGGACAUAACCAAACAGACUGAACUGAACAACAAACAGCAAAUUGCCUUGAACUUCAUCCUUGGCAAGUGUGAGAGGAACAAAGUGGCUCCUCCCUUGCUAAUCUACGGACCAUUUGGCACCGGGAAGACACUCUGUCUCGCCUCAGCAGCCAAAAAGCUGGCCUAUCGUUCUCAAAACAAAGUGCUCAUCUGCACAUAUACCAACAGCUCUGCAGAUUUAUAUGUAAGAGAGCACUUCCAUUCAUACAUUACAAAUGGACACCCAAACCUCAAACUACUCAGGAUAAAGGCAAACAAGGGUGGAGCCUCCAUCAAGGCAACCGAUGACAUCACUCUAAAAUACUGUCUCUGCUCUCCAGACAGACAGUCCUUCAUUUCCCCAGCACGUUCUGAUCUAGAGUCACACCAGAUCAUUAUAACCACCACAUCGAUGGCACGGCAUCUCCGCGAGCUGAAGCUUCCUGAAGGUUUCUUCAGUCAUAUCCUGAUUGAUGAAGCAUCUCAGAUGCUGGAGGCUGAAGCUCUCAUGGCUCUGGGUUUAGCAGACAAACACACUCGAGUGGUUUUAGCAGGAGACCACAUGCAGAUGGCUCCAAAACUUUUCUCUGUAACUGAUGACAAACGAUCAGAACACACCCUGCUUAAUCGUCUCUUCCACUACUAUCAGGAUGAGAACAGCAACAUUGCUAAGAAAAGCAGAGUCAUUUUUAAUGAGAACUACCGUUCCAACACAGAAAUAGUGGACUUUGUUUCCACUUACUUCUAUGUAAGUGAUGGCAUCAAGGCAAAAGGGGAUGUCCCACCCCACCCGAGGCUACACCCUCUGAUGUUUCAGCAUGUCAGAGGAGAAUGCCAUCUGAAUUCCACCUCCAUGUCGUGGUUCAAUCUUGCGGAGGUCAACAGUGUGGUAAACAUGGUGGAAGUGCUUCUGACUGAUUGGCCAAAUGAAUGGGGUGAUAGAGAGCCAAAGCAGAUCUGUGUCCUUAGUGAAGGCCGACAGGUUGAGGUCAUCAGAUUUCAUCUCCGUCAGAAAGGAGUUCAUGGAGUGUCCGUUCAGAAUUUAGCAAACAUUCAAGGGAAGCAGUUCAGGGUCAUCAUCAUAACAACAGUUCAGACAAGAGACAGACUUCUUCAAUCAGAGUCAAGCUGCCCAGAGUUUUUUGAUGACAUUCGAGCACUAAACACUGCCUUGACCAGAGCCCAAUCACUGGUGGUUGUAGUUGGAGAUGCUGGUGCUCUUUGUUGUUUUGGAAAGUGUUCAAAAAUCUGGAGGUCCUACAUAGAGCGUUGCAUCAGCAAGGGCAGCGCUAAACCAGAUAAUUUUACCAAAGAUGUACUACAACAGGAAGUAUUGGAAAUUUCUAAAUUUCAGAAGACAGAAAAGUUAGAGAUUUCUGAGAAUGAUGUACCUCUCCAGGCUGAAACUGAUACUAUAUUGAAAGAGAUGGAAGACUAUGAAAGUGAUGUACAGGACUCAGAUGAAGAGAAUGAACAAAAGAGGCCUUUAUUCUUUUCCUCUGAAAAGGAAAACCUCUUGGAGUUGGUCAGGAAACAGCCUGGUAUCUACAGGCAUGGCGAAUUGGUAAUGAAAGGAUACCAAUCAGGUUACGUAAUACCUUACGAUAACCCAUCUGAACACAUUAAUAUUGAAGGGAGGAAAAACAUUGGCAUGUCUUUCCCUGGUGAUGAAGUUGUAGUUGAGACCAGGCAACAUAAUUCUGGGAGAGUUUUAGGUUGUACAAACAGACUACCAACAUCCUCUGAAUUUGUGUGUUUAUUAGAGGCUGAAAAUUACCACAGACGUACACAAAACCCUGACAAAUAUUUGGUGCCAAAAAUGAUGAUACCCCUCAACCACAACACCACCAAAAUAUGUGUCUUGGUAAAAAAAGAGAAUCGCAAUUGUAUUCCACUAUACAAGUUUGCCAAUGGCAAUUGGACACUAACAAGAAAUCUUUAUGUGGAUGAACAAACAAAACAGAACUCUGUUUUUGUUGUUCAGAUUUUGGGCUGGAAAGAACACUGUUCCUUUCCGCUAGGCAGAGUUACAGAUAUUCUACCAAUUGGGACAUCUUUAGAGGAGGGACUUGAGAUUUUAAAAUCAGAGUUCAAACUACUGUCUCCUCCGCUGAUGCAAGAUGAUGCCUUUUCAGAGAUGAAAACUGAUGGAAUUGAUGACAAGAAAAGAAGAGAUUUCACAGCUUUACAAACCUUCACUGUUGAUCCAGACCAGGCUGGAAAUUUGGAUGAUGCCAUUAGUGUUGAAGAUAUGGGAAGCUGCUAUGAAAUUGGCGUUCAUAUUGCAGAUGUGGCUAGUUUUGUGCCUAAGGACAGUUCACUUGAUAGCUUUGCAAAAGAGAGGGGAGCAACUUUUUAUGAACCAAGAAAAGAACCUACAUUCAUGUUCCCGAAACGUCUUUCCACCACCCUUUGUAGUCUUCUCCCAGGCCAAGAUCGUAAAGCCAUUUCAUUAAUUGUCAAAGUGGAAAAGCAAUCAGGCAUUAUCACAGAAAAGAGAUUGGAUCUCUCUCAUGUCAAUUCUAAUAAGAAGCUGACCUACAAGGAGGCUGAGGAUAUAAUAAGCCAGUGUGAUGGUGAGCUGAGAUUUGAUACUUUGGAGGAUUGUGUCAGGGUGGCUUACCGUUUUGCCAGAAGCCGACGCAAAGCACGACUAAAGAAAAAAUGGAACUAUGCCAAAACUAAAAAACACCAGAAUCCAGGGAAGAGAGAAGCAAAUGUAAUGAUUGAAGAGUUAAACAUAAUGUUUAACCAUGAAGUGUCAAAAUUUCUGACAGAGAAGACGGGCACUAAACUCUGCACUCCUCUGAGGUGUCAGGCUCCUCCAACAGCAGACCAAUUAGAGAAAAUCAGUAAUCGACAUAUGGAACUCAUUCCUUUAUCCUCACACCUGACAUUUCAAAUCGACAGAAAUCGAGUGGACCUGAAUAACACAAUCACCUUCACUGUUUACUCUCCAGGGUCUAGAGAUAACCCUGAUGAUAACCACAGCCCUUUAUCAAGCCACCUACAAGAUGCCAUCUCUGUCAGUGACUCUGAAUACCAUUUUGAAAUUGGAGUUCACAAAGCAGAUUUUUUUAACUAUGUGUCUGGGGACAAUAUUCAGAGCUUGGGUGCACAAUCACACAUGUGGAGUCUAAUGCCAGGCAAAAAGCAGCGCGCUAUCUCUUUAAUUUUGAAAGUCGAAAAGACAAAAGGCAAACUAGUAGAGCAAACGUUGGUGCUUUCCUGCAUAAAGUCAAACCGGGCAUUGUCCUACAGUGAGACUGACCGCAUCAUCAACCAGCCAGGGGAAAAUGAGAUGAAGUUGGAUUCUCUAGAAGGCUGCAUCCUUGUGGCUUUUCGUUUUGCACUUAAUCACAGGAUACAGAGACUCUCUGGACAAGUGGACAGUUCCAGUCCUGCUGAUCUUGAAUCAUCACAAGACAGCGAGUGCAGGUUAAUGAUGGAGGAGCUGAAGUUGAUGUUUAAAAGAGCUAGUGAUCAGCUGACUGAUCAAGAAACCCUGUCUCCGAACACCUUUAGCUGUCCAGUGACCGCUUCGCCUGAACUGGUGAGUAGACUGAAGAAUGACAAGGAGUCCCUACAAGCACUGGCGGAACAUCUGGAUUGAAAAAACAGUGGGCAGAAUAAUGGCCGUUUCAUCAUUCUGACAUCUGUGUGGGAAAAGAUUAAAUUAGCAGCUUUGUCUUGUAACUUUUACAAAAUGGCUGACCUUAUUUCUACAGAUGACAUUCAUCCACAGUUGGCUCCAGCAGUUGAUCAGUUUAAGGCCAGUUUCGAAAAAGCGGUGUUCAUUCGUUCUUUCUCAUGCCCAGAUGCUUUACUUGGGCACUAUUCGUUGAAUCUGGACUCAUACACGCAUGCAUCCUCACCCAUUCGCCGUUACAUAGAUGUGGUUCUUCAGAGGCUCGUGCAUUCAGUUCUCAGCGAUCGUCCUGUCGAGUAUUCACAGACAGACAUUGAUCUGUUGUGUGACAAGUGUAAAAUAGGAGAAAUUAAAGCACAGACGUAUGAGAGUAAAGCAGAGUCACUUCAUCUGGCAGUCAAUCUACAAAAACAAAGCACAUACAAAGUGGCUUUUGUCACUGUUGUCCAACGUGACAGUGAAAGUUUCAAAUUAUCAUUUCCGUUUGAUAAAGGAACUUUCCCAGACAAGCUUCCUGUUAAGUACAGGAAUUUACAGCUUGAGGAUCAACCGUUAUUCAACAGAAAGCAAGUGACACUGACUUGGAAAAAACGGAUAUAUUCAUUGAGCAUGACCCCGAGCCCACUGCAGAACUUAAGAAUCUGUUCAGAGAUACAUCAAAACACCUGGCACGCCAUCGUUGAGGCAGUGAGAGACGAACAGUGGGAAGAGGCGAAGUCCCUCAUAUUGGCAGCAGACAUGAGAGAUCACAGUGAGAUCAAUAAAGUGCAGGAUACAUCUCGAUUGGAUCCUGAUAACACUUUUAUGUCAGAAGAUGGUCAUUACACUGACUUCACACUCUAUCUGAAAGCUGGAGACAUUGUCCAGGUCCAACUGACCUCAGAAAGGGACAGGGGCUACUGGGCGCCAACUGUACAGUUAUUGAGUGUGACUUCAAGCAUUGAGAUCUGUGUGGAACAUACUGGCAAUCCUAUUAAGUGCUUUUCCAAACUUGCAAACCGCCCAUCCAAAGGUCACUACAAGGAUGUAGAGGAGUAUGUGCAGAUAUGGAAGCCCCUCUGUGAAAUGGAGUCUGCUGCAACUGCUGUGGAUGACAGUGAUUGUGUAGUGGUAGAGGAUGUGCCCAUAACUUUUGAUCCUUCCGGACUCUCUGGAACGUUCUCUCUGCCUGUAGAACAUGUCAAAAAAUGGGCAAUUGAAUUUGACCUGGCCAAGUGUUUGCUCUGUAUCCGAAAGAGAGUUUUGAUCGAACCGAUCGAAGCAGAUCAGUCAGACCUGGAUCCGAAAUACUUUACUUGGGUGGCCCAUGGUGUGACAAUUCUGUGUUUAGAUCCUCCAGAGAACAGUGUGAAUAAGUCAAAAAUUAUUCGCUUCAACAUAAAAUGUGCACCCAUGAACACCCCAAAAUUCAAGCGGAAUGACACAUUCACAGUGGAGAUGAUCCCAAAACUCAUUCCAGACAUACGGAAGGAAAGUGCAGUGAACAAUUUAACAGGAGCUAAUGAACUCGUUAAGAACAUUGCACUCAGACACCGGAUUGGAAAAGAAAGCUCCAAUCCAGCUGUACAACCAUAUGUGCUUAUGAGAGAGGAACCACCAGCAGGUCUGCCUCAACUGAAUGAAAGCCAGUUUAAAGCUUUGGAACGAGCUCUGAAUGGCAAAUUCACCCUCAUUCAAGGGCCUCCAGGAACAGGAAAAACAGUUGUAGGAGCGUAUAUAGUGUACUGGUUCUCUCAGCUGAACUCCAAGAAUCCUUGGAAGCUGAAAGACAAAAAGAAAAGAGAGGUUAUUCUUUACUGUGGACCCUCAAACAAGUCUGUGGAUGUAGUUGCAGAAUACCUGCUCAAGUUUGGAGAGCAGCUGAAGCCAUUACGUGUGUACAGCAGACAGAUGGAGAUGCAGGAGUAUCCCUACCCUGGCAGCAACAUACAGUUAUCACACAAAUCACUCCGCCAAGAGCGGUCUAAAUCUGAGCUCAGGAACAUAACACUUCAUCAUAGAAUCCGAGACAACUCUCACAACCCUGAUUCCCAAUCAAUAAAGGACUUUGAUCAAAGAAUUGUCAGUGACCCCCUUUCACUGACAGACGAGGACGUAGAGGAAUAUAAGAAGCUGCUAAAUUCUGCACGUUUGUAUGAACUGGAACAGCAUGAUAUUCUUCUUUGCCCCUGCACGGCUGCCGCCUCACCCAGCCUCACCAAGACACUCAGUGCACGACAGAUCCUCAUCGAUGAGUGCGCCAUGGCUACAGAACCCCAGACGCUUGUCCCAUUGGUCAGCUUUAAACCGGAGAAGGUUGUGCUGUUGGGGGAUCACAAGCAGUUGCGGCCGAUCGUGAAGAAUGAGCAUGUGCGGAGACUGGGCAUGACACACUCUCUGUUUGAACGUUACAUGGAUAGAGCACUACUGCUUGACACCCAGUACAGAAUGCAUGAAGAAAUCUGCAAAUUUCCAUCAGAAACAUACUACCAUGGUCAGCUGAUAACUGUUGUGCCUGAACGAAUCAGUGUGCUUCGUGCUGAGACCGAGACAACAAGACAAAGCAAACACACUCUGUUUGGAGAUAUACGUGGAGAAGAGAUCAGUUUGGUUGUUUCAACUGCACGGGGAAAUGAGAACUCAAAAGCCAACCUUGAAGAGGUUAAGAAAGCUGUUAAUAUUUGCAGUCAGCUGGUAUCAGUGGGCCGUGUGAAGCCAGAAGACAUUGCCAUUCUGUCACCAUAUAACGCACAGGUGGCCCAGAUCAGAGAAAGACUGUCCAAUGGCUCCCAACUGAAGAGAAUCACUGUCACCACCAUUACAAAGAGCCAAGGUAGUGAGUGGCAGUAUGUGAUUCUUUCGAUGGUUCGCUCCUGCCCCAGCAACGAGAUUGAACCUCUGCCUUCAAGGGAAUGGCUCUCCAAACACAUUGGCUUUGUGGGUGAUGAAAACCAAAUCAAUGUUGGCAUCACAAGAGCACAGAAUGGGCUAUGCAUUUUGGGCAAUCAGGAGGUACUGAACUGCAGCCCAGCAUGGAGGAAACUACUGAAAGAUUAUUCAGGUCGUGGCUGUGUGGUCUCUGCAGACCAGAUAGCAGUAUGCAGUGUCCGUUAAAUCAGAUUUUAAAUGUUGGAUUGAUUUUAAAUCAUUUUACAAACAGUGUAAAUACUUAUUUUUUAAAGGCCCCCUAAAAUCUAAAUGUAAGUUUUUUAGCUUUUAAUAUGAAUAUGUUAGCCUUAAGGUUAUGAAUGGUGAAUGGUGCUGGUGUGUUCUAAAACAUUGACGCAAUUUGCAUUUAGGAGCUA